AUGGCAGAAAAAAUUAUAGAGAAGUUAGAUGAUCUAAAUGAGUAUGCAAAGAUACUCUUGGCCAGAAGAAUAAAGAAAAACAGUCUUCAGGGUUUCAUAAAGAAAAAGACUCCUGUGGCACCCCUAACAUUUGAUUUUCAGUUGGAAUCUGAAGAGGCUAUUAUUGCCAAAUCCACAUCCAUGACAGUAUCAAAGAGCACAGAAAACAAGUCAUGUGAUAUUAAAAAACCAGAAAGGUAUGUCUCCUGUGAAAAUAAGCCUCAACCUACUAAGAGUAAUUUUACAAAAUUUAAUUUAAGACCACACUUUGUGUCAACAAAUAUAAAAAAUCAAGAGGGCAAAGCAAUAGCUCAAACUGAAAAAAAUCCUAAGGCAUCAUUUGAUUUGGUUGGUCACUUAGAAGAUUAUGUAAAUAAAAGGAAAAAAUCUCCUCCACCAAUGAAUGAUUUUCAUAUAAAAGGAAAUAAAUCUGUCAGAAAUGAUCAGUUAAGUGAGUAUCGUUCAGUAGAAAAGAAAAAUUUGCUCCCCUUAUGCAUUGAGGAUGAACUGAAAAAGCCAAAUGUCAAGAUAAUCAACAUUAGUCCAGCAAAGACAGUAACUCCUCCCAUGGAACAAAAUGAUACAAAUCCCAUAAUUUUCCACAAGACUGAAUAUGUACAAAUGUUACUUUUGACAACAAACAGACUUCCUCCCCAUCCUAUGGAAAAUAGAAACAUUUGCCCACAUAAAAAAGAAAAGUUUGUUUUAGAAAAAAAUCAUAAACUUCUCAGAUCUUUAAUUAAUGAUAAAUGUAUUACUUCUUCCAAACCUAAAAGCACUACGCCUACAGCAUGGAAGGAAGGUAUACAAGCAAUAACUUUUGAAGUGAGCCAUAGAGCUAUAGAGGAGAAAUCAAAGAAGAAAACUACUACGCAGACAUUCAAAAACACAUCCUGGAAUAAACUCCAAAAUUUCUCAGCCUUUUCCAGCCUAACAAAAAAAUUUUUAGGUGUCCUUGAUAAAACUGUUAUUCAAGAAAUGAGUGCUAAAACUGGCAAAUUUGAAAGACUGUCUACAGUAACACCAAUGAGCAAAUUCAGUGCCUUACCUGUCAAAUAUUGUUCAAAGCCUUUAAAAAAUGUACUCGAAGUCCAUACAUUACAUAAUAUAACUCCACUGGAUGAUUUGUUAAAAUUUUAG